UCUCGAUCGUGUGCAGAACCACGUAAAAACUCAGUUGGAUCUCACUUGCUAGCAUCAAAAGGAACGUGCAUUCAAUUGAGUUAUGACGUCACAAGUGAGAAUUAUCUGAGUUUUGAUAUUGUAAAUGGAAAGCAACUACUGUUAUUUUUUUUUACGAUUAAACAAUUCAAAAGCAGCCCGACAAGAAAAAGAAAAUCUUUACAAUCUGAUAUUAUGGAGGAGCAGCCCGAAUUUUCGAAUAUCGACAAAUCCUCCGUGUCCGACGAGAAAUCAUCGUCACUCUCGAUACCGAGGGAUCCAAGGAAUAUUGUUCUUUUGCACCCCGAAUUAUUCUGUGAUCUAAUUCCAUCCGAGCAGAUUUCAACAAAUCAGAUAGAUGAAGUUAGAGGCCAGGUAUUAGCAGACAAUGAUGCAGGCAUGAAUGUUACGGAAUGUAACUAUCCAUCUAAAACCAAAACGAUGAACUUACCGGGAUCGUCAGCUACGGAACUGUCUUCUACGGAAUCAGGCGCUACUGAAAUCGCGCGACAGAGUACAUCAAAAUCCGCAUUCGAGUUAAAAUCUCAAUCUUCGCAAGAAUACACUCAAAAGAACGACAGUGACAAUAAAUUCAAAGAAAAUCAGGAUAAAUGUCAAAUGAUAAAUACGAAAGUAGAGGAAUCUACGGAUUUAACGGCAAAUAUUCAUGAUAAUACAUCAGAUUCAUUUGCGUUUGAGCCAGUAGACGAUCAAGCGGACGAUAUGAACGAUGAGAAAUUCGUGGAUUUUAUGAAUUUUAUAGAAUCUGUAUCAGCAUCACUAGUUGAGGAUAAUUCAUUAAUGUGGAGAGUUGGAGUCGCGCUAUCAAAAAUUAAUGUUAAAUUGAUACUAUUCUUUCUUUCAAUAUUACCACAGUCAAUAACAAACAAGAUUAUUAAAAAAGUCAUUUUUUUGAGAUGUAUAGUAGCUUAUGAUAAAGCUCAAAAAGUUAAAAAACUUACAGUUAUAUCAGAUAGUCGACCAAAAACUACAAAUGAUGAAAAAAUUAUGGACUCUAUGAAUUCUGCAAAAUUCAUAUCAACACAGAUGUCUAAGGACAAAUUAUUAAAAUGGGCAUUUUUAAUAGAGAAAUCAAAAUAUUUAAUUUUUAUUGCUUCUAUUUUACCAUUGUCAAUAAUGACUAAGAUUAUUAAAAGAUUCAAACCUUUAAAACCAACACUUAUGAUAACUUAUGAUAAGGCUCGAAAAGACAAAAAACCAGAAGAUAUUCAAGAUAUGAAAGUAAAAAUUCAUCGAAAGGAAUGUUUGUUGGAAUGUUUCACAUGUUUGAAACGUUUCAUAAUCUUAUUAAUAUUAAUUCUAUUUUCAUGUUUAUUUGAAUUUGAUUCCCGUGUUGAACUUGUGCGUGUAGAUAAGAAUGAUGAGCACGCUGAUACUUUUGAGACUUCUAUUGUCGAAUUGGAGAAAGGGAUACUCGAUCACGAUGCAACCGUACGAGCCGUGACCAAAUAUCUUGAGCGAAAUACACCUCUUUUAAAAGUAGUAGCUCUCAUCGGUGAUACAAGCGUCGACAAACCAUACACGGUGGACAUUAUAAAAAAAAUAUUACGCAAAAGGAGGAGAAACGGUCCUUCACCUACGUUUCCGACCUUUAUUGUCUUGGAGAAUUUGAGAGCAGAGCAUUCUAAAGUCGUUAUAAACUAUGCGAAAACGUAUCAAGAAGCAUAUGGCAAUCGGGAGUUCAGCAUAUUGGCUGUUUUUAAAGUUGAGCAGAUUGAUGACGAUUGGACGCGUGCAGAUAUAAACCAUGUUAUAAAUACAGUAAAAGAUAUUUUUAUCGAAGCAAAUAUUAUUAUGAAAAUUAUUCCCUUCAAACCUUUGAACGAAGAUACAUUAGAAAAACACAUUAGAAAUACUGCGAAAAAUAUCGGACAAACAUUCUCCCAAGAUCAAAUCGAUUAUCAUAAACGACGUUUGAUAGAAGAUGAUACCAAUUGCCAAAAAGAAUAUGGUUGUUAGACAAUAAAGAUCAUACAUAAUUGCUUUCGAGGAGAUAAAACUUUUCAAAUUAAUGUAUUGCAUUAUUGUAUUGUAUAUGGCAUAACAAUAUUUGAUUAAACAAUAUGUAUUUUUUGUGUAUACAUAUCGGAUUAUAACAUAUUGCUGUAAAUUUAUGAGUACAAAUGAUUGACAUUCUCCGGGCUUUAUAAAUUAUAUCGAAUUGCGUUUUCACGUUACUAAAUUAUAUUCAUUAUUCCUUUGACUUCGAUCCAAAAAAUAAUUUUGUUUAAUUUUGUACUGAAAGCCAAUUUGCAAACAAUUUAUAGUUAUAAUCCGUUGAUGUAAAUAUGUGAUGAAAUUUUUGUAUGCAUUACUUGCAUUGUACUAGAAACGAAUGGUGAUAUGUGCAGGAGAUAACGUGUUAUAUGUUGUUUAACAUAUGUCAAAAGAGCGCUCAAUUAGCGUUCUAUUAGAAAUGGUUAAACAAAUUCACAUUAGGACUCCUAACAUAGGUAAUAUCUCGGAUUGUUACUAAAUUUUAUUUAGUAAACACAUUUGUAUUUUUAAGCGAAUGACCGCGAAUAUUGCAUAUGUACAAAUCUUCGUAAUGACACGUAAUGCUCAAUCAUUAGACAUUACGCUACGUUAAGUUGAUACCACUAAUCGUUCUUAUACAAUUUAAACUUUUUUAAUAAAAAAAUGCAAAUAAUAUAAAAAUAAAUAAUCUAAUGUU